CUUCAGAAAAGGUUUCAAUUCAUUGAAGCAAACCGAUUUAAUCUGAAUCAACUGAUGAAUUCACGCUCCGACAUUUCAAAAGCAUUACGACUGUUUCUUAAAUGCCAAGGAAUUUGAUCAGCAUUUCUCCGAUAUCUUAAGCGUCUGAGCAAAAUCACUUCAGCCAUCUUGUUUACAGUCGCUGUUAAGGGUUUGCGGCAGGUCAGGAGUAGAGCCGCAAAAUUCCUCUAUGGUAGUGACGUAUUUUCAGUAGGCGUGUCCGAAAAGCGUUGCACUUGAAUCCGAUUUUGCAAUGCAAGUGCGAUUACCAUGAUAAGCGUUGCACUUGAAUUCGCCCCUUAGCAAUACAUAUUCUUUGGCACCUAUGCUUGAUUUUUGCCCUGCGGGCAGAAAGACUUAGUGGUUGCAAAACAUGACAUCCGUUUGGAUCAAAACCUCAUUGGUCUGGAUGGCAAGAUGUUUAAAUUCUUUCAACCAUUCCGGAAGCUUUCUUCGCGCGGUGACUCCAAAGCAGUGCAAAAACGACUCUGCAUUCCAAAUAUUUGCAGCAGUUCAUGACAAGUGACAUUUGUUUGAUGAUCAGACAGGCGAAUUGUCUCAUUAGUGGAUUUUCUUUUACACUUUAAAGUCAGACGCUUUAUUAUUGUAAAAUUAUGGCGUUAAAUUUUAACGAUUACAUGAUCCCGGAUCAUGCUUUGCGAAUGUCAUCCGCUUUAGGCACAGCGGUAGAAAUUGGAAAUGAAUUUUAUAUACCUUCUUUACAUCAUGUUGAAUCUAAUGUUACAUCAACGGAAGAUGUAUCUGUCCAGAGUGAAAGGACUCAUUCAACUAUUUCAAAUACUGAAAUUCGUGCAAUUUCGGAAAAAACUUGUAUGUUUGAGCUUCAGUCUGCGAGGGAAGUUAUCCAAAAGAUUGAUCGAAUGUAUGAUUUGUAUAAGGGACACUCGCAAUUAUUACAGGAAAAGAACAAGAUUUUGUUUGACAAAUCAAUUGCAGACAUGGAAGAUAUUUUGUCAGUGGAUGCUUUAAGUGAGAAAGUUCAACAAAUGAGCCUUGUUCUUGCACAUGUUAAAAAAAUAACAAUGGAAGUUGAGAAGAUCAAAUACAUUUUGAGAGAUAAUGUCGUUGGAGACUUUUUGAAUAUUCAUGUUGAUUUUCACAGAGAUGUUACACACUUCUUCCAGUUAGCUGUAGAAAUUACAAAAGAUGUAGAAGAUGACAUAGAUUCUAUUAAAAAAUGCCCUACUUAUACGUCUGAAGCUCUGAGGAUUGAGGAACUUUUGAAUGGUAUAUGGAAGAAUGUAGCCAAACUGGAUAAAAGUAUGGAUAUUAUCAAAGAAUUUCGAUAUAACUUGUGAAUAACUUAUUGUGGUAUAACUUAUUUUGAAAUGAAAUUUGUGGUGAUGAAUUUUUAACUGAUUUGUAAUAUAUAUGUAAUAUAGAUUCUGUAGAUAACUUGAAGAUUAGGCUACACCUGUUCAAGAUGAAAUAUUUAUCUGAUUAUUUGAAUAAGCACCUCACAAGUUUUUGCAAAAAUAUUAUAUAAUAUAUAAACUAAAUGUACAGUCCAAUUUCUAAAAAUAUGUUUUUUCAAAGUUCUUAAAAUGCUCUCUCCAAAUAUCAUAAAAAUUCACAGUUCUUGAAAAUUUUUGCUGGAAUAUCAUAAUGUAAACUUCUACAGUUCUUAUCUUGAAAAUCUUUAGUAAAAACUGUUGAAUUCACAUUUGCUGCUACUUUUGCUUACUUUAACACUUUUGUUGCAUGCUCUAGCAGAUAGGAAAAAGAUCUGAAACUAGUGAAUUUUGUGAUAGUUGCCCUGGGAAAGCCUGCAUGGAUGAUAGUUUCCAAAAAUAUCAUGCUAUGACAAAUCACAAAACAUAAAAUUUUCACUUUGUUGAAGAUUUAUACAUUUAAACUUGUUUUAUAUAAUGUAGGUAAGGAAUAAAUAUUUUGUUUUAUUGCAACAACUAUAUGUUUUUAUGUAAGGUCUAUCAGAAAAUUCUGUCCAGUUAUGUUAAGAUUUAGCACACAUGCAGGUAUUCAUUUGAAACACGAAUGGUCAUUUUUGGUGAUGAUGCAGUUUCAGAUAGAUGGUUCAGAAAAUUUGAAACAGGUAAUUUCAGUUUUAAUGAGCUGCACUGUAUGCAGCCAUCUUUGAUGUACGAUGAUAAGGUCAUGUUAGAGCAAGAUCCAUUUUUGGCACCUGUGGAAAUUGUGAAAAAGGCUUAAUUUCGCUCAACAAACUAUCUUGAACUAUAUUCGGAAACUAGGAUUUGUCUAUAAGUAUUCCAGAUGGGUGCCUGUGUUAAGUGAGAAAUAUUUGCUUGAUCGAAUUGUCAUGUGCACAUCUCAGCUUGCUCAAAACAAAACCUUUUUCUACCAGAUGAUAACUGGGGGUGAAAAGUGGAUUACCUAUAGAAACAUUGUUACUAGCUAUAAAACCUGUUAUUGUUACCUAUAAAAACAUUGCUAGGAAACAGCAUAUUGUAAGCCCAAAUAACCUGUCCCCUCCACCUCUAAACCAAGUUUGAGCCUGAAUGCUGUGUAUAUGGUGGGAUGUCCAAAGACUAGCAUAUUACAAACUUUUGAAACCUAAAGAAAAGAUCAAUUCGGAGGGAUAUUGUCAUCAGACGGGUGAUUUAGGCAAAACAGACAAAGAAAAGAGACUGGUGAUGCUUAAUCAGAAGCACGUCAUACUGCUUCAUGACAAUACCAGACAACAUUCUACUUUGGUGACUUAUGUGAAAAUCACAGAACUAGGCUGGGAAAUUCUGUUGCAUCCACCAUAUUUUCCAAAUCUAGUGACAUCCGAUUAUCACUUGUUUCACUCUUUGCAAAAUUUUUUGAAGGAGAAAAAAUUCAAAACUGAGCGGGUGUCAGCCAAGCACUACUUGAGUUCGCUGCAAGAGCUCAUAAGUAACAACAAAAAUUAUACUGUACAAUAAAUAUCAUAAGAGGUAUGAAAAUGUAUUCUUUUCUUUCACUUCCCAAACUGACAGUACACUUUCCAAUAAAUAUUAGGUUAUAUAUGUGCACUUGUUACUAAUAAUAAUAUAGUGGUGGAGUUGUUGGUAUACUAUAUGAGUCACUACGCUGGAAUGCAAAGGUUUAAAAUGUGGAUGAUGAUUGGGACAAAAUGGACAAUCAUGGGAACCCUCCUCCUUUUGAUGAAGACAAAAUAGCAUCUAAUGGAAACAAUUCCAUUACAUGCUAUUUUGAGUUUGCAUUAGAUACCAUUAUCUUCAUUAACCUCCCUUACCAAGCACCUAAAUUUGCCUCUGUUUAGCAUACCUCCAACGGAGGAAGAAUAUAUCUCAAAAAUACUGCAAACACUUAAAGGUGAUACCCAUGAGGAAAGAGAUAAAUCCAAAGUGAUAUUGAAGCUAAUUCAAAUCCAAAUAUUCAAAAUUCUCAAAAUCAAACCUCUCUUUGGGAUAAAAAAGAAAUUAAUUCUCAAAAUUCAACUACUUAAAAAAAAAAA